UCAAAUAUAGGAAAAUGAACCAAAAUAUUUACAAAUAAUAGUAAAAUAUCACAGUCUAUCUGUGAUUGACAGCGAUAGACUAUCUAUGUCUACCAUGAUGCAGAUAGAUACAAAUAGUAGUUCAUCGCUAUUUGUCACGGUUUAUCACAGAUAGACCGUGAUAUUUUGCUAUUAUGUAUAAAUAUUUUUAGUUGUUUUAUCAUUUAAAAUAAUUUUUUUCAUAACUAAAAUAACUUUUAUUGUACUCAAAAUAACUUCAAAUCAUGCUUUUAAUCAUUCAAAAAUUAAUAUAAGUCAUGUUUGGCAAUCAUUUUACUUGUGUUUAAUUUUCAAGUAAUUUUUUUAUUUGAAAAUUAAUCCUAUAAACUCUCAUUCCAUCAAUUGGUUUCUAUGUUUUGUUGUUUACAUUUUAAGAGUGUUUUCAAAAUUUGUCUUAUGGAAAACUAAAAAAAGUAAUCUCUAUGAUUAGGAAAACGUUAGAAUUUAGAUCCUAUGAUCCUCAAAUAAUUUUGUCUUAAUAGUUUGACAAAAUGUUAUGAAAAUCUUAACGAAUUGGAAUUAAGAACUCUUUUGGCAUGAGAGCUUCUAAUUCUCCAUCACUAAAAUUCUUAAGGCGACAAUUUCAAUUCUAGAUUGGAUUGUAGAUACAUAUUAUCUUAAGAUCAAAGCGCUUGAGACAAAGAAUAGGUUCUUUGUCCUAAGAUUCAAACACUCCACAAAAUGAAUGUUCUUGACAUGCAACUUAACAUAUGAAUUACAAAUUCAAGAAGCUCUCCUAGCUAAUUAAUCUUGAAAGACAUACAAAGACUAAAACCUGAUUUAUCGUAAACUAAUCUAAACAAUCUAAAGGUAAGGUUUUAAUAGCCUCCCAAAGAAAACUCUAAUGGCAUAUCAUAGUUCAUAGUAAAAUUGACUAAAAUACCCCUACUUAAAAUGUCCUGAAAAUGAUAAAUUUAGAAAACAAUAAAAUUACAUCAAAAUUAUUAUAUAAAAUUUAAUUGAUAAUUUGAUGUCCUAGAUGAUUCAUAUCACAAGGACCAUUGAAACUAUUUAGGAGUAUUUUCUCAAAUAAAUUCUAACUUUCUCCAACAAAUUUGUAAUAUAAUCUAAUUUUAAGUUUCUAAGAAUUAAACUAAAAUAUGUCCAUGCUAAAUCAACUAGACUAUUACUAACAAGCAAAAGUAUUAAGUUAUUGAAUUAAAAGUAAACUCUUAUUUACUCGAAUGCAUUUUCAAAUGAUUGAAGAAAAAGUAUGAGCAAUUGGGAAAGAAGUAAUUGAUUCCAGUUGGAGAGGGCAGUUGAGUUGUUGAAAACAGCUUUUCCUUCUGAGCCAAAAGAACUUAUUUACUUCAAUUUUAGGGUUUUGUAAGGGCUCAGCUUCAACCAGCAUAUCCCUCGUGCUCUCACCUAAAUAAAUGACCAAAAAUAUCCCAUACUUAACCAUUUACCCUUUUCAUGUGGGACAUGCUUUCUCCUCCUUAAAUUUCCCACUCUCAACCUUCAUGAUCAUCUACAUCUUAUCAAUUUACCUCUUUAAAAAAAAACAUCACCUUAACAAAAUACGUUAUCAAAUGAGACGUAAAUAUAUCUAGAUCUUACGGGCGUGUUAGCUAGGUUAUAAUAAUUCUCUUUUUCAUUUAUGAGUUUGUUGAAAUAUCUCGAGAAAAAGAGGUAUUUAACUUCGUCGUUCGAAUUGUCGAUCGACUUCUAUUAUUCUUUUUUUUUCUUUCUACCCAAUAUGGAAGCUUUGCUUUGUGAUGAGGAUUGGCUCUCGUGUUCAACUGAGACUCGUAACGAAAAGCAUGGUGGUUACGGUAAAAGCGUCAUGGGUUCGGUUUGUAUGACUACGACGAUGAAGGAAGAAGACGAGCAGGCCGUGUCAGUGUGCAUGGAGAAGGAGAUGAGUUACAUGCCUGAACCUCAUUAUAAGGAGUUUCUUGAAAGUAAAAGUCUUGUUUUUGUGAGGCUUAGAUGUAUUCAAUGGCUUAUCAAGUGUAGAAGUCGAUGGAAUUUCUCAUAUGGAACUGUUUUUCUUGCUGCAAAUUACCUUGAUCGCUUCAUAUCUAAGAACAGAUCCAAAGAAUGGAAGGAUUGGAUGGUUGAAUUAUUGGCUGUUGCAUGCUUAUCCAUAGCCAGCAAAUUCCACGAGACCUAUCCUCCAACUUUAAGUGAAAUUCAGAUGGAGGAUUAUAUGGAUCAUGUGUUUGAUCAAAGCUGCAUUGAAAGAAUGGAGAUGAUAUUGCUAGAAGCAUUGGAUUGGCAUCUAAGUUGUCCAACACCUUAUUAUUACAUCCAACUUUUGGGUCUGAAAUUAUUGGAGUCUUCCAUUGGAGAAGAAGCUGAUUAUGUUUUGAUGGUGAAGAUCAAAGAGUUGCUUAUUGGAGCAGUGUUGGAUUACAGGCUCAUCCCUUUCAAACCAAGUCUCAUUGCUAUCUCUUCAAUUUGGUGUUGUUUAGAUUUGCUUCCUCCAAUCACCUCUCAAUCUUCUCUUUCAUAUUUUAUGAGCCUCUUCGAUCAGCAUCAUAAGGAUGAGAUGAUGAAAUGUCGAGCCAUUAUGGAAGCUGUUCAAUCUUCUUGCUGCCCUCAAAGCCCCACCUCUGUAUUAAUGAAGAACCAUUGCUGCUAAAGUCAAGAGAGCCAACACAAAUCAUUUCUUUAAAUUAAUAAUCAACGGCUCAUUUGAUAUCCA